UUACAUUAUUUCCAGAUGACAGUGAAGGCACCGUCAGUCUCAUGUUAUUGACUGGUUCAUCGCUAGCUGCUAGCAAGCUUGAGAUACGGACGGUACAUGUUAGCUGGGAGGCACCAAGUUAUUUUUAACUUUCCAACGAAGUACUUUCAACCAAAGAGCAAUAAUGAGAAGAGUCACGUUAUUUGUGAACGGGACGUCUAAAAAUGGCAAGGUUGUAGCAGUGUAUGGGGCCUUGUCCGAUUUACUUUCUGUAGCCAGCAAUAAAUUGGGCAUCAAAGCAUCCUGUUUAUAUAAUGGGAAGGGAGGUCUCAUCGAUGACAUUGCCCUAAUCAGAGAUGACGACGUACUGUAUGUCUCAGAAGGUGAUCCAUUUAUUGAAUUUCAAAAUGAUGUCAAGGUUGAGUCUGAUCAACAAGGCGCUCACACUGACUGGCUGACCCUGAAUAUUGGUGGUCGUCUCUUUACCACUACCAGAAGCACCCUGGUCAGCAAAGAGCCAGAGAGUAUGUUAGCUCACAUGUUUCGAGAGAAAGAUGUUUGGGGAAACAAGCAAGAUGAGCAUGGUGCCUACCUCAUCGACCGCAGCCCUGAAUACUUUGAGCCUAUUCUUAACUACUUGAGGCAUGGCCAGCUCAUUAUCAAUGAGGGCAUAAAUAUAAGAGGUGUUCUUGAGGAGGCUCGUUUUUUUGGAAUUGAGCAACUUGCUGAUCAGUUGGAAUUGGUCAUCAAGAACACACAGCCGCCUGAAGACCAUUCUCCCAUUUCCCGCAAGGAGUUUGUGCGUUUUCUUUUGGCUACACCCACCAAGUCUGAGUUACGUUGCCAGGGUCUUAAUUUCAGUGGCGCUGAUCUGUCCCGUCUUGAUUUGCGCUACAUCAAUUUCAAGAUGGCUAAUCUCAGCCGGUGCAAUCUGACACACGCCAAUUUGUGUUGUUCCAAUCUGGAGCGGGCUGAUCUGUCAGGAGCCAACCUGGAUGGUGCUAAUUUACAAGGUGUGAAGAUGCUCUGCUCCAAUGCAGAAGGAGCCUCUCUUAAAGGAUGCAACUUUGAAGAUCCUUCUGGGCUGAAGGCCAACCUGGAAGGUGCGAACCUGAAAGGUGUCGACAUGGAAGGAAGUCAAAUGACCGGCAUUAACCUGCGGGUGGCCACUUUGAAAAAUGCAAAGCUGAAAAACUGCAACCUGCGGGGUGCCACUUUAGCAGGGACAGAUCUUGAGAACUGCGACCUGUCUGGCUGUGAUCUUCAAGAGGCCAACCUGAGGGGGUCCAAUGUGAAAGGAGCCAUCUUUGAAGAGAUGCUGACGCCACUGCACAUGUCGCAGAGUGUUAGAUAAAUGAGCAUGUGCAUCAACUCAGCCACUGUCGGCUCCUUUAAUCACGCUACUACAGCCUUUGACGGUAUAUUCACUCACUUUCAAUCUUUUUUUUUUUUACCUGCAUUGAGCGCAGGUAAUUGUAUGCACUUCUCUGACACUCCACCUAUCUCAUGUUAGCUUUAAAUAUCGCAGUAUUUAUCCAGGGUUGUUUUGGAUGCUUGGAUGUAUUUUAGUGUCUCAUUCAUCGUCGUAUAUUACAAAACAAAAUAAUGUCUUUGGUGUGUGUCGAAGUGUCUGGAUGCAAUCCAGGAAUUACAGUCACUUGAUGUUUGGCACAAUAAUGUAUACCUAUGUAUAUUUUACAUUCUGUUAAUUGAUGUUGAUAGAAGUUCAAACCAGACAAUGGUUACAGUUUCUGAAUGCUGCUAUUGAAGAACAGUAGGAGUCACCUAGAAAUGACUGUGUUGCUGUACUUUUCUCCGCAAGUAACAUUGGCCUGGUACAACGCUCUAGAAAUGAAAGCCAAAGCCACAAGGGAGCAGUGUCAAGGCUCAAAGUGCUGUGAAACUAUGCGACAAGCUAGAUAGCAACACAGCUCAGGUAUGCAAUACAUAAUUUACAGCUGUGACCGUUGUCUCUUGCAACACUCAAUAUUUUGUGCUCAAAAAGAUUAUUCUUGUUCCUGUGCUCUGUGGAUCUACCUCUUUAUUUUCCAUCAGUGAUCCAUUUGCAUGUAUUCAGCUGUGGCGCUGUGUAUUAAAAUGGUCAUGUAGGUCAUAUUCACAUCUUACUUUUCACAUUGAGAGACUAAUUCAUCUUUCCUUGCGUUUUGCCUCAAGGUUGUAGUCACAUGUUCGGUGUCAUUGUUGUAAUUCUCCAUGUAUAAUCACUUAAUCAUGCUUUGAACCUAUUUGCACAAGUACACACACACAUAUAUAUAUAUAUAUAUGCUUUCACCCCCAAAAAAUGUAAAUUGUGUAUUCUUAUGUGUAUUGAAUCCAGUGCUUCCAAAACUUUCCAAAAAGAUUGUAAAUACAUUGAGGGAGAGAUUCUUUUCUCAAGGAACAAUCUUCUCCUUGCUGGACUGUGUUUGUCUGCCUGUGUUUGCUUGUCUUGACCGGUCAAGAACAUUUAGCUGUAGCUUAGUGCUGGUCUGAUGCAAUAUUUUUUACUCCGUUUAACAGAAGGUACCAAGCUUGUGAGAGUGAUUGAUGAAGGCAAUGUUUGUGUAUCGCACCCGAUAGUAUAAAACUCAAAGGAAGUGAUUUUGAUUAUUUAUUUGAAAACAUAUUGUGAAUGCAAUAUGGAGCAAAGGUUGUUUUGUUUAGAACCAGGGGUGUCAUUCUCCCUGUCAAUGAUUAUUGCACUUGACUGUGGAAAUACUUUUCCAUUGUUUGACUGUUAUAAAUAAAGAGAUAAACUCAUUGAAAGAAGAGAA